CUUUAUCCACUUGAUCCGAAUUUGCAAUUCUUAUUUCAAAUGCCUUUCGGUUACGAAUGCAGAGCAAAACUUGUAAAGCAAGUCCCUAUCGCUCCAACGACACCUCGAGGGCCAGUAAGUGGGAAUGCCGAAAGUCCAGGACCACAGUAUGAGUCACCUCAAAUUUUUUGUGGAAAAGGUUACAAUAAAAUAAAACGCGCUCCGGAAUAUACCUUUGGACGCAAUACUCCGACCAACUUUCAAAAGCCUUUGCUAACACCAAAGGCUCCCGUCUUAGACAUUUCUGGACACAGCAAAAAAGGUAGAUGUAGAAUAACCCACGGCGUGGUAUCACCGAGGUAUGACCCCGUAGACAAAACUAAGACUCCGGGCCCCGCCAGCUAUUUACCAAAAACUCAACUCUCGUAUAAAACACCACCCGCAUACACAAUAAAACCAAGAGCGAAGCCUAAAUAUGAACCAUGGGAUCAAUGGACCCCGCCACCAAAUAUGUACCUGCCACCGAUACCACAAAAAAAACCACCGGCAUAUACACUUGGUUAUGCAGCCAGAAAUCUGAAGGCUCAAGAUUUUCCAGGGCCAGGCGAACAUGAUCCAAACUUUAACUAUGUUCGUAAAUCAAAACCAGCAUUUUCGUUUGGUGCACCUUUUAGGACCACAAAACAACCAAAACUACCAGCACCUAAUGCUUAUUGCGAGAAGAAGUUUAUGUAUAUAAAACGGACAACACCAGCUCCUUCGUUAGGUAUUCGUCACUCUCCGUACCUGGGUAAGCAAGAGGAAUAUCUCAUGGACUCAAAACUAAACAUCGCUGUUAGUGGCACCAACUAAACAUUAAAUAUUAUAUUUGUCUUAAAUGUAUUCUUAGAUUUAUAUUUACAGAUUAAUAAAAUAAUUAU